UUUAGAAGAGGAGGAGGAGGGGGCAGCAUAAGUGUCCUGGGAAGGGUUAAAGGUGAGAGGUCAGGAUUCCGGCUGCUGACCCCCCAAGGGGGCUGGGAGGGAACUGGUCUCCGGUGCUUAAGCGAGGAAAAAAAAAAAGAAAUAAGAGACAGGAGAAGGAUGACAGAUAUGGCAGAUAAUCAUAAGGAAAAUUGGGUAGCCCUGGUGGCUGCAGCGGAACAGUACCGGCGUCAAACGGGCAAUGAAAUUGUUUUGCUCACAGCCUUCCGGGCACCACCCCCUGGCAACUACAGCUAUGCGCAGCAUGGAAGUGGGGCUCUAGCAGAUGCCGUUCAACGCUACCUCGAAGAUAUCGCAGUGGUUCACAAAACCACUGCUUUCACUUAUGCUGCCCGCCCUCCCUCAAUCCCUCGUCCACCUCCCCCACAAGGAUCCUACUCCCAAAGUUACCCUCCUACUUAUGCUCCAGAUGAACCUGCCCCACACAGGACGCCUACCUUCCAGGGGGACUUGCCUCAGGCUUCAGGAGGCCAAGAACAUGAAGAUGAAGAUGAUGAAGGGGACAGAAAUACAUUGACUGAACUGGAACAAUCCAGUGGGAGAGACCCUCCUAGUGACACUACUGGUCUGUUUGUGAUGGACGAAGAUUCUCCAAGCCAAGAUUAUGAGCCUUUUUUUGAUUCCGAUGUGGAGAGCACUGACGAUGGGAGUCUGAGUGAGGAGGCUCCAGGACAGACAGCUCCUCCACCCCCAAGCCAUCAGUAUGCCAAAUCCCUCCCAGUCUCCGUGCCCAUCUGGGGCUUUAAAGAGCAACGCCAAGAGAUGCGAUCCUCUGACGAAGAGAACAGUAAGCAUUCGUCUCCUGACCUCGAGAAAAUUGCCGCCAGCAUGAGAGCUUUGGUGCUGCGGGUUUCAGAUGGCACAGAGAUGUUUGGGGAUCUGCCUCGGCCACGCCUGAACACCAGUGACUUCCAGAAGCUGCAGCGGAAAUAUUAAUAGAUCUGGCCAUUGCUCCUUCCGCCUCGGCACCAUUUUCCUCCACUACCAAAAAUCGGUAGACAGGGUUCAGAGCUCCUCUCAAGCCAUACCGUUCAAAUUCUGUCCUCCCUCCGGCCUUGGCUCCCACAAGCUUUAAUUCAAAAUGGGUAACCUCAGUUUCACACUACAGAUGGGCCGGAAGGGUUAAUUACCUCUUUUUUUUUUUUUUUUUUGUCCAACCGAGAAGCCUCAGCUUCUGUGAUUUGAAUGCUAAGAUCGGUGUUUCUCAAUCUUGGCAGCUUUUAAGAUGUGCGGACUUCAAGUCCCAGAAACUGGCUGGGGAAUUCUGAGAUUUGAAGGCCGCACAUCUUAAAAGUUGUCAAGAUUAUGGAGAAACACUGACUUAGCUAUAACAGCUGUUCUGAGAGGGGCUUCUGACACAUCUUGACAAAACACACGCACACAAAGACAGGAACACUAGAGACACCCUGACAAAAGUAGCUCUACCACUGUGCCCUGUCUCUGCCACCCCCACCCCCACCCAUCAAUCUUUCUACAGCAAGUUCUUAGAAAUUCUCCAUCUCUCUUUUUUUCCUCCCCAGUAAGUGUCUUAAAAGAAGAUCCUUUGCACACAAACCGGGCUUGUGUGUAUACUUUGGUUUAAAAUUAACUAUCCCUGUGAGGAACAGUGAAUGGAAGGAAGGGCCGGUGCCAUUUUGCCAUUUUUUUGUUCUCCUUUCUCCCCCAUGUAAAUCUCUCCCCAUUUUCAGGAGUACAAUUUCAGGGUCCUUUUUACUCUUGGGGAGGUCAGCGCCAAUGUGCCCUUCCACCCUGUGGCAGGUGGGAUGCGAAAGGGUCUAGGAGCUGCGUACAGCCUCGGACUGAUCCCCCUCCACCUCAGCCUACUUUUGUAUCAGAUUUUCAAGAGCCAUUUUUGGCCCAAACCCUCUAUUUUUGUCCAAAGAUGAUUGGUGAAUUGGAAGAGAGAGGAUUUUUUUUUUCUCCUUCCUGCCAGCCUAUAAGCCAAUAAUAAUAAUAAAAAAAGUUGUCUUUUACCAGCUC